ACCGGUGUGACGUCAUGCACGGGUUUUUCUACUGCCAACGCAGCAGAGUGGAGACGCGUUGCGCGCGCGGAGGCGUGAUGACGUCGUAGGGUUUAACGUACAGACAAGUAGCAGAGUGUGUGUGUGUGUGUGUGUGUGUGUGUGUGUGAGAGAGAGAGAGAGAGAGAGAGAGAGAGAGAGCUUGAAUGUGUGUGUGUGUGUGUACGAGGAUUCUCUUCAUCUAAACGGUCUUAAAUUCAGCUCCUUCAUCAUCUCCUCCUCCUCCUCUUCCUCGGCUCGGCUCUUCAGCUCAUCAGUGACCAGAUGGCGAGUCCUCGAACCCGACGUGUUCUGAAGGAAGUCAGGACCAAUGAUGGAAAUAACGUGUGUUUCGAGUGUGGAGCGUUUAACCCUCAGUGGGUCAGUGUGACGUAUGGAAUCUGGAUCUGUCUGGAAUGUUCGGGAAAACACAGAGGACUCGGGGUUCACCUCAGCUUCGUACGCUCGGUGUCGAUGGAUAAGUGGAAGGAUAUGGAGUUGGAAAAGAUGAAGGCUGGAGGAAACGAGAAGUUCCGUCUGUUCCUGGAGCUGCAGGACGACUACAACCUCAACUGGAGCUUACAAGAGAAAUACAACAGCCGAGCUGCAGCACUCUUCAGGGACAAAGUAGCGACUGAGGCAGAAGGAAAAGAAUGGUCAAUUGAAAGCUCUACCGCGAAGAAAUGGACUCCUCCUCAACCAAAGAGCGGCGUCUCAUCAUCACACCGCAGUGCAGCAGGCUCGGCUCAGACGCCCUCACCCUCUGACAGAGCAUUUGAGGACUGGCUCAGUGACGAUGUGAACUCCUAUCAGGGUGGAAGAGGCGGGGCUCAGGAGAAUCGUUAUGUGGGAUUUGGGAACACGCCCAAUCCUCCGAAAAAGGACGAGGAUUUCAUCAAUAACGCCAUGUCCUCUAUUUACUCAGGCUGGAGCAGUUUCACAGUUGGAGCAAGUAAAUUUGCUGCAGCUGCAAAAGACAAUACAGCAAAGCUGGCCAGUCAGGCAUCUCUGAAGUUAAGGGGUUAUAAACCGCCCCCUGAGCCGGCAACUGAAAUUGGCCAAACCUUAAACCAAACUGUUAUCAAACCCACUCAAGAGAAGGUUAGAGAUGGAAAGUUGUUUGAUGACGUCUCCGUCAGCUUCAAUGACUUUGCAUCCAAGGUUCAGGAUGCUGGAGCUAAAGUGAAGGAUAUAAACUCGUUCUUCAGUGGACAACCCGGGGAAGCUGCUGAUGGUCCUGCAGAUGCCGAUGUUUAUCAGAGCGACUCUGGAGGUUAUCAGAACAGCGAGGCUGUGGAUAAAAGUUUCUGGGAUUCGUUCGGUUCCAACGCUGAAAUGGGCACCAAAAAGUCUGCGAGCAGCGAGAGCUGGACCCAAGUGGAGAACUCAGGAGGGAAAAAGAGCUCGGACAGCUGGGAGAACUGGGGCUCCGACAACAAACACAGCACCGGAGACAGCUGGGAGAACUGGGAGAACCACUGGGAGAACAGUGGAGACAACAAGAACAAGAAGAGUCCAAAGGCGGAUGAGGAUGUGUGGGACAAUGCUAACUGGUAGAGCAGUGCAAACGGCUAAAUCACAACGUAUCGCACGUGUGUACGCCUGAACUGGAAAAGUAAAAAAAAAACCUAUCAAAUCCCCUCAUUCAUUUUGAAUUCAUGCUACACACACACACACACACACACACACACACACACACACUGUUACUGAUUCAUGGGUGUUGGAACUGUGUGUGUGUGUGUGUGAAUGUUCGUAUAUAAAGCCUGUUGUGUAGAUAUUGUAAUGAGGUUGUUGUUUGAUUUUAAGUGUAAUUAAUGUUGAAUUUCUGCAUGAAUAAACACAGACUGUGUAAA